AUGGAUGACGACACCAGAACACACAGAGUCACCGCCGCGGUGCCAUCGGUAUCGUCACAUCCGCUCCAACUGCAGCUCACACUGCGAGAUAUGUCAUCAACGGAGGGAUGGACGAAACAUCGCCCCGUAGGAGUCUGGAUCAUGGACGUCUGGUGGUUCACCAAGCUGGAGAUAGAUGAAGUAGAAUACCUAGAUGAAACUAGGGAGCUACGAGUGACGCUCGUCACAUAUACACAGAUGGAACAUGUGCUGCGGAACGCUAUCAGGGCCGUGGGACGUAGAGCGGGGAACACCGCAUUCCUAGAUCUCUUUGUCAAACUAGGUCGAAUUCCGGCGAACGCCAACCCGGCAUUUGAAUCCGUCUCAAGGAUGCAGAUGUACAAAGCCCUGGAGGAAGGCGGAGACGACAAAACCGUGGUCGAUAUUGCAUACGGAGCGCAGGAACUAGGAUGCAAGACGGCCGCAGAAGCACGAGGAGAUGAAGACGAACCG